AUGUUGCGUUGCUCCGGAUUGCCAUUUUUACCAGGAAACACGUUUCCGGAUAUUGGUCGUUCCAAGUUUCACAAAUCCCACCAUUUCGAUCAGCGAAACCAAGUGUGCAUUCUCGUCGAUGCGCAGCGUCCCGGUAUCGGUGGAAAACCGUUGCUCCCCACCGACUGCCCAGAGUAUACCUUACCCUCGCUGUACCCACCGAAGUAUGCUCCGGCGCGUCCGGCGUGGCUAGAAUAUGACCGCCAGGUGCUGUGCUUUUACGGCUACUUCCAGGAGUCGCUCACCGAGGUUGACCGUUUGCCUUACCAAGUGCGAAAGGUACGCAUCUUGUAUUAUCUCGAGGACGACACGCUGCAGGUUAGCGAACCAAGAACACUGAAUUCUGGCAUACCCCAGGGUUGCCUGGUAACGCGCCAGCGCAUACCACGACCCCCACCGUACGAUCGAGAGUUCACUUCCCUGUUGGACAUGAACAUCAGCCACACGGUGCAACUGUUCGAUCGUGUUUACACAAUCACCGGGUGUGAUGACUUCACUCGGCGAUUCCUGAAUAGGUUGGGCGUCUCGGUACCAGGAUCUAUCGAACAACCGAUUGACCCCGCAACAGAACUCCGCAAGCAGCAAGAUUCCGCUAAAAUGGCCAAGCUACCAGCGUACAAGAUCGAUACGCUGGGAAAGUUUCUGCAGUACGACCGCAAGGUGCUGCGGUUCAAGGGCGUCUGGGACGACCGAGCGAGCGUCUUCGGGGACGUUCAUGAGCUGGAGGUGCUCUACCAUCUCAGUGACGAUACGGUCGAAAUCAAGGAAAAGCUACCGGUCAACUCGGGUCGCGAUUCGAACGGCAUGUUUCUACGGCGCAGCCGCUUGCCAAAAACAUUUGACCAUCUUCCUACGAUGGGCGAAAGCACCCCAGUAACGGUGCUGAAUGUCAUCGGCGGUGGACUGAAGGGUGGACGCUAUCUAACCGAUUGCGUUGGAAUCGGCAAAACCGAUGGGAACUACUAUCGUGAUGCCGAUCUGCGCAUCGGAGCCAGGAUUAAUGUGUACGGUCGGACGGUAAUGUUGACUGGCUGCGAUCGAUUCACGGAAGACUACUAUCGCACAAUGUACGGCCUGGAGGAUUUCACACCGCUCUACGGAUACAGUGCGCCACGGGAGCAGUUUGUACGCUGUCGACGUACCGAGCGCGAGCUGCCACCCUUCAACGGUUGGGGAUCGCACGAAGACUCCGAGGGUAACUGUUUGACCCUGGAGCCUAAACCACCCCGUAUCGAUUUCCGGAAGUUCAUUGCUUACGAUCGCUGUAGCCUACGGUUUGGGGCGCGAAUGGUUUCGAAAGUGCUGGAAAAUAACGAGCGCUUUUUUGUGAUCAGCUACUACCUAAGCGAUGACACAAUAUCGGUAUACGAAAUUCCGAUCCGCAACUCCGGCUUCAUCGGGGGCGAGUUCAUCAAGCGACGUAAAAUUUGUCUUCCGCGACAGGAUCCGUUCGGGGCCGAGCGACCGGCUUGCUACGGCCCGCAACAUUUCUAUCUCGGUGCGGUGGUCCUGCUGCAGGAUCAUCAAUUUCAUGUGACGAAUGCGGACAUCUAUGCACUCAACUUCAUGGAGCAACACUGCGAAGAGUUUCCGCUCUCGAACGUGAGUAAGAUCGUGCAGAAACUGCGGGACGCGCUACGUCCACACUACAAGGAAUACGUCGCCAAGCACAUGGCCAACGUUGUGCAGACCAAGAUCGAUGGGCGUCCGGUAAGCACGGUUACGUACGAAGCGCUGCGGUUGAUGCUGAUCGAACUGCUCGGGGACCAGAUUGUCGAUCAGGAAAUCGUAACCCUUUGCCGGUUGUUUUCUGCCGAACCGGAGCAACCGGCUCGGUGCGACCGAGAGUUGGUGCGUUCGGCGAUUCAUGCCGAGCUAAACCGGGCACUUUGGAGCGAUCUCGAGCGAACGAAGGAGCACAUCUACCACCUCGAGCCGACGGAACCGCAGUGGAUUACCCCUCAUCGGCUGUGCACUAUUGUGAAAGCUUGCAAAAUACCACUAGACCGGGCGUUGGUCGAGAAAAUGCUCCAAGUUCUUACCCAAAAUGAAAAAGGACAACUUUCCGUGGAAGACUUUCUCACCAUGCUUAAUCCAGCGGCUGCCCCCAGUAAACCGAUUCAGCCGCUCAACAUUAAACACGAUGUCACCCAUUUCACGCCGUACCGCGUGACAGGCAAACUGGUCAACUGGGAUCAGCUUCUGGAGCACAUUGAUCUCGAAAGAACACUGACGAAUCAAACCUCCUAG